CGGAGUUGUGGCUCCGGAAGUGAGUUCGUGUUCUGUGUGUAUCGCGGUGUAAGUUAGCUUGCGUGAAGAUCGAAGGAAUAAACAUGCGGUAAUUAUUAUAUUCUCUUAUAUAAGACACCCGAUAGGCGUUUUAAUAUGGAGGCGGAGGGUGGCGCGCGUGUCCGAGAUGAAGAAGUUCCUCAGAACCAGGAUCUGAGUUUUCUUCUGCCUUCUGUUACAGCUCUCCUGUCAGACUAUGGCUGGUAUGUGGUGUUCGUGUGUGUGGGAGUGUAUCUGCUCAUCCAGCAUCUCCGCAAGAACAGAUCCACAGACAGUCAGAGCUCGUCUGUCUCAGCCGCCAGCCAAGACCCUGAGUCUGUGGUGAGGUCUCAGUCGGCUCUGGAGGCGUCCCGCCGGAGAAUGCAGGAGGAGCAGGACGCCCGAGCGGCAGAGUUCAGAGAGAGGCAGCAGAGGCUCGAGGAGGAGAAGAGAAGACAGAAAAUCGAGAUGUGGGAAAGCAUGAAGGAGGGAAAGAGUUACAAGGGAAAUGCCAAAGUUGCACAACAGAACACAGAAGAUGCCACUUCCUCCAGCUCGCUGAGACCGAAGACAGACAAAAAGCCCCUUCGCAACAGUGGAUACAGUCCUCUGUCUGGAGACGGAGGAGGAACGUGCUCCUGGAGACCCGGCAGGAGAGGGCCGUCCGCCGGUGGAUGAGGUUAAAGGACGGUCAGACUGACCUCUGACCCUCCGCUGGAACACAGAAAUAUUAUCUGAAGGAAGCUGUCAGCACUCAUCACAGGACAAUAGAAUUAUGGUUAUAUCAUAUAAGGGUCUUCAUGCACACUAUUAUUUUUUUUGCAUUGUCUUUUUCCACACUCAUGUCAUUGCAAUCGUGUAUGCUGUUAUUUUUUCAAUGCAGUAGUACUAUCAUAUGAAUUAGAAGAUUUCUGAAUAUCGUAUGGUGCACAGCUGGAUUGGAUAGUUUUCUAGUUCUUUUAUUUAUUUUUUGGUGCAUUUGCAGUCAGAAUGACAUGAGAGUGAGUCAAGAAUAACAAAAUUUUCUUUUUUUUCUUUUUUUUACUUUCAUGCACUGUUUGUAUGAUUGACAGCCUCUAAUGACGCCUCCUCAUCAAAGGUAUUAAUACUCCUGGGGCAGGCUGAUGUUUUUCAGUAAUAAUCGUGGUUCUGUUUUUAGCUUUUUGCACUUAUGAAGGCUGUGCUAAAUAAACACGUAGAGAGUAAAUACAAACGCAGAAUGUUUUGUUCAUAUCAUUAGCUGUGUUUGUGUUCUGUUGUAAAUGUAGGGAUUGCUGUUCCAUGACAGAUCCAUCCUCCUUGCAGUGGUUAAUGAUGGAUAAUAGUGGUAUGACGUCUCUGCUGUUCUCUAAAAAGCAUUUCUUUAGGAAUUAUUGUUUUUGCUUUAUAGUUUCUCUGAAUUAAACUGCAUACUCAAUGCA